GUCCCUCAGGAGUAAUCAGCUCACGGGUUCAAUCCCUGUGGAAAUUGGCUCUCUACUAUCUCUGACAUCCCUCUAUCUCUACUCCAACAUGCUUUCUGGCUCCGUGCCCUCCUCAAUCACAAAGCUAACUGCACUGACGGUUUUGUCGCUUGCCACCAACCAGCUCAACGGCCCCAUCCCGGCUGACAUUGGUGUUCUCACCAAGUUGACAAGCAU